AAGUGGCAAGACAGAAAAAUGAACUUUCAAGGGUUGAAUAUCGCGCAAUGAUUUCUAGCUUUAACUCCGAGAUGUUGGUGUUUGUAGAUGAAACUGGAAAUCGACAGGCGCCUCGUAAGAAACUAUGGCUACAACUUUAAGGGGAAAAGAGCAGAAAUUACAAGGACUGCAGUAAGAGGCGAAAGGCACACAUCUAUUGCAGCCAUCGGAAUGUCCGGCUUGCGUUGUCCACAAACUGUGAAAGGAUCAGUCAAUGGACAUGACUAUGCGUUCUUUAUCCAAAGACACCUUUUACCUGUGAUCAAUCCAUUUAAUGGAAUUAAUUCGCAUUCCGUAGUUAUAAUGGAUAAUGCUGCAAUUCAUCACGUCGAUCAAGUCAGGGAACUAAUUGAAGGAGCUGGUGCACUGCUUUUAUUUUUAUCGCCAUACUCCCCUGAUCUUAACCCCAUCGAGGAAGCAUUCAGCAAAGUGAAAUACUUCAUAAGAAUGAACGACAUUGUAAUGGAAUCAGCUGAUGAUCCAGAACCCCUGAUAACAGAAGCGUUCUACAGAUUAAGCAGUUUUGAUUGCCAUGGAUUAUUUCGUCAUUGCGAAUAUGCAAGAUGAACUAA